CACGAAUCCACCUUACCCUCAGGGCGACCCCAAAGUGCCCAGUGAUCUGCAUUGCAGCCAUUUUGGCUCAGGCCAUUCUGGCUCAUGUCUGUUCGGUGCACCCCGCCAGUGCCCUUCCGCGCUGGGUGGCCGAAGCUCUCUGAGGCGUCCCCGAGGACUCUCUGACUGCGACAGCCUCACGGCAUGCAUCAAGGGGACGAUGAUACGGGGAACAUCUGCCAGGCGUUUUUUUCCGGCAGCUGUAAGUACGGCGACCGCUGCAUCUUCUCUCACGCGUUCGUGCAGGCGGGCUCGAAGAGGGAGACCGUUGGCAGCAGGGCCGCCGCGGCGCUGGCCGCGUCGCAGGCGUCCGACAGCUCCAGCGACCAGAGCUCCAGCUACGGCUACGGCCAGGGCAGCUCGCGGUCCUGGGCAGACCAAUCGCAGGACAUCUGGCCCGAGGUGCCCCGGCCGCCGUCGGCGCAAGCUCCCACCAGGGUUCGAGACGCGCUCCCCCCUGGCUUCGAGGUCAGCGGGUGGCAGCUCCCCAGCUUCGGCGACCGCCUCGGCUUCCCCGAGUUCAUCCCCUCGGACGACGGCUCGCCGGAGCGCUCGCGGGGCUGGGGGCCGCAGAGCAAGUCGGCGCGGCGGCGCAGACAGCGGGAGCUCGGGGAUCGGCGGGCCGAGUACGCGAAGGCGAACGCGAAGCGCUCGGACGAGGCGGUGGCCGCCGCCCUGGCCUUCCAGGCGCGCCCGUGCGACCGCUCGGCGCCGCACCUGGACUUCCCCCGGUCGGAGGAGGACUCGCCGGUGAGACCCCCCGCGCCCAGGCCGACCCCGCGGCCGGAGCAAAAGGAGAGGGCUUCGGAUGGCGCGCGCGGCGCCACGGAGCAGGAGGACGAGGACGAGGACGAGGACGAGGACGUGCAGGAGCAGCUGCCCAGGCCUGCGUGCCCAGGGAAGCGGAGGAACAUACUCUCGCUGUGACAUUGGUGCCGCGCGGGGAGGCGCGCGCUCCUUUUUUGCUUGUGUAGUUCGAUCACCGCGUGCCCGCGAGCAGGUACAAUUCGCCGUUCUCUUUAGCCCCUCCUGCUGCGGACCUUGCCACGUUCCACAGCGGCGCGAUUGCAGUUUUCAGAGUAGUUCCUUGCAAAGUUUGGCCGCUGUUGCCCUGGCCUGCCUUUGCUGCUAGAAGGCGGACUCGGCCACCGUUUAGGUAUUUCCUUCUGAGGGCCGUCUGGUCGGGAUGCCCUUUUAAUCACCCGUUCCCCACCAGCGACCCUGGUUGUAUCCCCGCCUCCCCAUCCCCUCCUGUAUCCCCUUUCUUUUCACAUUUUGCGCCUGCAACACUUGGGGCAAGUUGGGACAGGACAUCGAAGGCGAAGCCUCUCAAUAUAUUUCAAUGGAUUUUCGUUUUCCCUGAGUAACUAGGUGGCAACCGCGUGGCCAUGAUGACAAGUGGCCCUGAAGCGCGCGGCAACGACGAAUGCUGACUAGUGGCCCUGAAUCUCGCGGCAACGACAUGCGUGCCGAAGCCUUUAAUAUCUUAUUGCGGAAUGAGAAAAGUACCCAGUGACACGCACAUGGUCUCAACUUCGCUUUCAGCAAGAUUUAAAGGUACAUCUAUACGAUGCAUCUACAUAGGUGUAUCUGUACGCAUAUGAAGGUAGGCGCUGGCAUCCUUCGGUGGAGAUCCCCGAGGCGCUCGACUGGGAGGCGCUGGCCAGUGACCUCCGCCGCUUGCGGCAGGCGCAGCGGAUGGCGUUGCUGCGGACGUGGGUCGGGGCCUGGCCGACGGCAGCGCGACUCCAGUCGCGCGACGAGCCGUGCGUCUUGGGCUGCACGGCCAGGGCCGACUCCAUGGUGCACUACGACGAGUGCCCGCGCCUGCGCGGCGCCGCAGAGAGCGCUGGGCCACGGGCUCGCCACGUCUCAUGGCGCCAACAUCGCAUGCACGUCUUGCAAAGCCGGCGCAGUGACACGAUGACGCGUCUGCCCGGGAACGCCUGGCUCUAGACACCGGGGCCGCGGAACCCGAACAAUGGGAGAGGGCCUGCGACGCCGUGUUGAUAUGCUAUCUCCAUUGAGUGGUCUCCCAUCGCCAGUCGUCUUUCCCCCCCUCGCCUCAGACUGGAGCCGAAGCUGGCUGUGCCGCCCAUCAGGCCACGGAUCGGGCCAUUGGACAGUUCCGCCGGCCUCGCUAAGUGCAGCAGACUUUUGCGAGAACGGUGGCAAAUAUAUGCACGAGUCGGUACAGGGAGUGACCCAUAUAGGAAUAGAGAGAGAGAGAGAGAAAGGGUUGGGGUCGCCCUUUAAAGUCCUAGGUCGCAGCCCAACCAUUGCAC